AUGGCCGAGUACAAGCUCAAGUCCAUCUCCUCGCUCUCACUCCAGCCUGGCGACAAGCAGGAGGUCGAGGUCGAGGGCAUUGAGGGAGCCAAGGUGCUGCUCGUCAACGUCGGCGGCAAAGUCCAGGCCGUCGGUCCCAAGUGUACUCAUUAUGGCGCUCCCCUCGUCAAGGGAGUCCUGACCUCGUCUGGCCGGUUGACUUGCCCAUGGCACGGAGCAUGCUUCAAUGCAAAGACCGGCGAUGUUGAAGACGCCCCCGCUCUCGACGCUCUACCAGUUUUCAACGUUACCGAACGCGACGGCGCGGUCUACGUCUCCGGCGAGGAAUCUGCCAUCAAGGGCGGCCGACGGAAGCCUAACUUCAAGUGCAAUUCCGUUAGCGAAAGCCAGACAGAGAAGGUUAUCGUUGUCGGAGGAGGAUCAGGUGCCUUGGGAGCAGUCGAAGGUUUGCGCAAUGGCGGCUACGAAGGCCCGCUGACCGUCAUCUCUUCCGAAGGGUACUUCCCCAUCGACCGCACGAAGCUGUCCAAAGCCCUGUUGACAGACGUUGAAACACUGCAAUGGAGGGACAAGGCUUGGUAUGAGACUGGCUCGGUCGAGUGGGUUCAGGAUGAAGUAGUCGAUGUUGACUUCUCCGAUCGCAAAGUGUCAACGAGUGACGGGAAGAAGCUCAGCUACAGCAAGCUCAUCCUGGCAACAGGUGGCACCCCGAGAGUCCUGCCUCUCCAGGGCUUCAAGGUUCUUGGAAACAUCUUCACAUUGAGGACGGCACACGACACGCAGAAAAUCGUCAAGGCCAUCGGCGACAAGGGAAAGAAGAUCGUUAUUGUCGGAUCAUCCUUCAUCGGCAUGGAGGUCGCCAAUGCCACAGCCAAGGACAACUCGGUGACCGUCAUUGGUAUGGAGAAGGUUCCUCUCGAGAGGGUUCUCGGGGAAAAGGUUGGCGCCGGUAUCCAGAAGAACUUGGAGAAGAAUGGUGUCAAGUUCCAUAUGAACGCGGGCGUAGAGAAGGCCGAACCGUCAGGUUCGGAUCCUUCCAAGGUCGGCGCGGUGCACCUCAAGGAUGGCACCAAACUUGAGGCUGAUUUGGUCAUUUUGGGUGUCGGUGUCGCUCCUGCGACCGAGUUCCUGAAGGAAAACAAGGUCAUCCGACUUGAGCAGGAUGGCUCCAUCAAGACGGACGAGAGCUUCCUUGUCACCGGUCUGAAGGACGUCUACGCCAUUGGAGACAUUGCCUCGUACCCUUACCACGGACCUGGCGGUGACGGACGGUACGUACGAAUUGAGCACUGGAACGUCGCUCAGAACGCGGGUCGCGUUGUUGCAAACAACAUCAUCAGUUCCUCAGCUCAGCCCCAGCGAUUCAUCCCCGUAUUCUGGUCUGCUCUGGGCGCGCAGCUGCGAUACUGCGGAAAUACCAUCGGCGGCUGGGACGACGUGGUGAUCCAGGGAAGCGUUGAGGAGUCGAGCUUUGUGGCGUUCUACACGAACGGCGAGACAGUUGUUGCUAUGGCUUCCAUGGGUAAAGAUCCGGCCAUGGUUGUGUCAGCUGAGCUGAUGGCACAAGGAAAGAUGCCUUCCAAGUCUCAGCUUGCAAGUGGGACGGACAUCAAUAGCAUCCGAGUUGCAGAUGCAUGA